UCCAAGCUCUCAAAUCUGAAAAUUUCGUGAUCAAGGCGAAAACUGUUUACAUUUGUGAAAACGAUUCGAACUAAAUUUACGUUUACUUAGCACAAAACUCGCACUUCGCGUUCAAUUCCGUUUCGGCUCCAGCCACCACAAUGGACCGCAGCCGGAGACUAUCGAGUGAAAGUUCCACCGAGCCCGUCGCCCCAAUAAAUUUUGCCACCGAUAAGUAUCCAUUUUGCAUCGUUUGGACACCGAUUCCGGUGCUGACAUGGUUCUUCCCGUUCAUUGGCCAUAUGGGCAUCGCCAUGUCCAGCGGUGUGAUACGGGACUUUGCAGGGCCGUACUUUGUGUCCGAGGACAACAUGGGUUUCGGCCGGCCGACCAGGUAUCUCCAGCUGGAUCCAGGUUUCGUAGACGGUGGCACUGUGGAAUGGGACGAGUGCGUCUCGAAGGCCUCCGUGGUCUACGGAACGCGGAUGCAUAAUUUGUUCUGCGAUAAUUGCCACUCGCACGUCGGAAUGGCUCUCUCGUUGAUGAAGUACAAGCAGUACACGAACUGGAAUAUGGUGGUGCUGGCGUUCUGGAUGUUCUUUGUCGGGAAGUAUGUUGGGAUCAAGGGUAUCUUAAAGACGUGGACUCCGUUUUUGGUGGUGCUGGUCACUUGUACAUUAGUGGCGGUCUACUUGAAGUAAAUCCGAGGCUACAACAUUCAACAGAUUGCGCAUCAUCAAAUUGUGUUGCGAUAUCUUGAAGUUCCGAGACGGUUAACUUAUUCUUUAUAUAACUGAAUGUGAGAUAUGACUAUAUGUAUUUAUUUUAAUUUAUGUACUGAUAAUUGAGACAUUUUACCAAAAUAAAAUAUAUCAAUAUAAAUGAUGAAA